AUCAGACAACGCGACGCGGAACCACUUUCUUCAGUCUGUUUCUUUCUUACCUAGGGUAACAACCAACUUUCGACUUCCUGAUUCCUGAUUCCUGAUUCCUGAUUCCUGAUUCCUAAUUCUUAAUUCCUAAUUCCUGACUCUCAAUCUUUUCUGAUAAUCGCAAAUUCGAAUCGCACUAUCUUUUAGGAAUCUUGGAUAUUCCCCUUGAUUGAGGCAUUGUACAACACCUACCUAUAUGCGCACCCUACCUACUAGGUAGUAGUCAGUCUCCCCUGACUACAACUUUGCACUAUGGCAAUUGCUUCGUCAAUCCAAGCUCCUGAGCUAUAGUUAACACUUUGCAUCCAUCCCUUCGACUCUCACCUUCAAGCUAUAUCAACUCCAGUAAAUUAAUUUUCCAGGGAUAAAACCAUGCUCAGGCCUUCAAACUAUACAAAUCCGUCGCUGCUCUAUCAUGGCUCUUUUACAUGACCUUCAGUCACCUGCUUCAUCUGAUAUCUCCCAAGAUUAUUCAUCUCAUGAGUCUAUACCUUAUAGCGUCAUGGCUUCACCCGUCAUAGCUCCUCACCUUCUUGAAAAAGAGCGUGAUAAAUACUCCGACGAUGAUAUACGGGUUCUAUGGGAAAUUGUGAACCGGGCUGAAGGAUUCUUGUCUGAGCUUACACCUUCCUCUCGUUUGCCAACUCAUGCAUUAUUUAAGGCGUAUGAUGAGGUGCUCCUCGAGAAUGGAAUUGACCCGGACGACGACCAGCUCAUUAGCAAGCUCGUGUUCAUGGUUGGAGGGGUCAAAAACACUGAUUCGCUGAGAGCGAAGUUCAAGGCUGUCAUGGCUCGCAUGAAUAUCACCGUGCAGUUAGAUCCUGGCCAAGCCCAUGGAAGCGAUGCUGGCGAUGCUUAUGCCAAUUCUGCCCACACUCCCGAUGGAUCAUCCGUUGCUGGGGAUGCUGUAGAUAAUCGUUUCGUCGUCGACAAAGAUGCGCACAGGCGGUUGCCCGGUCCCGUCAAUGGUAUUUAUACCAAUCUCGGGCUUGAUGAUACCAGCGAUCACUACCUCGUCACGAAGGAACGUGAUGGUCACCACCUCAACAAUAUUGACUAUAGCCUGUCUAGUGAGGAUAAUCCCGCUCACCUGUCUAAAUUGGAGCAAUAUCUUGAAACCAGCGCAAUCGCCUUUCGCAAGACGCAUAACGACAAGUUCUCGGCUGCGUCUACUCUCCGUCAGUGGCAGACGAAAUCAAACUUCAUGGGCAACUUGUGCGAACAGUUCGACGCUGCUCGACAAGCUGACUUGGAAGAAGACGUAGAAGCGAAAUUCGAAGCAUGGCGGAAUCUCGCCGCUAAAGUAGAUAACUUGCCGCCGCACAGCAUCCCUCCCAACGUAUACUCAAAGCGUAUUGAGGGAAUAGCAUCCCGGGCCUACGAAAUUCAUGUCAUCAAAACCGCGCUCAAACAGUGGCGGCAAAGUGCCCGAGAGCAAUGCCAUAAAUUCCAGAACCUUGAGGAAUCAUCGGACCCCCUCGAACGUGUUGCGGCAAAGGCGCAUAAAAACUUGAUGCUCUCGCGCGCUUUCGUGAAUUGGUCCAACCGCCUAGAAAAAGAAGUUGAAAGAGCACAAAUGGCCGCCAAGGUUUAUGAGAUGAACUUGAAAUCCAAAGCUUUUGGUAUUCGCCAGCGUCCAAGUGACAAUUCCUACACUAGCGAGACUCACAUUGCUUCCUCCCCCCCUAAGCCCAUUGAGUCUGAUGAUGCUUCCCGACCAAAGACUAUUGCUGAUCAUAUAGGGCAUCCGGUUGCUGUUGAUCGUGCAGUCCCGCCGGGUAUUGCAUUUCACACUCGCGAACGGAUUUCCCCUGAGCCUGAUGGGAGUGGUCCACCUUCUAAUGAUGAUUCCACUAAUUCGCUUGAUGGGAUGGAUGAAACGACAUUACUUGCACGGCGACACAUUCUUCGUAUGCGCUACUAUGAUGCUUGGGAGAGAUACACAGCGGAGCACUUGGAUAAAGUAAGAGACUUUAAAGCCGAACAACACGAUGAACGCGUUGCCCAUGCUAUUCCCAUAUGGCGCUCCCAAGCUAGACAACUUUCUCAGGAACGAGGAACAUUACGAUAUAAUGCAGAGCGAGCCAACUACUAUAAUAAGGCUAUAAAGGCGAUCGAUGCAUGGAGGCAAGAGAGCCAAGACAAAUGGGAAGAGCAAGAUCAAGUGCUUGACCAUUACGCUGCACGAGCCAAUUUCUUCUACAAAACUACCAAGACCUUGCCUAUCUGGCGGAACGAGACAGAACAAGCUGCCCAACACCAAGGAGUGCUUAAGUUAUACGCGAAUCGGGCGGAAUAUUUUUCUAAGACCACGAAAUUCCUUCCUAUUUGGAGGAAGCAAACGAAAGAGGCUGCCGAACGCGAAGAACAAACGCUUGCUAGUUAUGCCCAACGAGCGGACUACUACUACAGGACUCGGGGAAGUCUGUUAGCGUGGCAUGACAUUUCCAAGCAGAAACGGAAGAAGCAGUUGAGGGAAGCGCAUCUGGAAACGCGCCGAAUUGUAAAGAGAGGUAUGGGUGAACGGUGCAUUGCCGAAUGGCGCGAAAAGCUGCAGCCGAGCAUCGAACAGUUCGAGGCCAUGGAUUCAAUAUUAGAAGAUAUUACCGCAGAUCGAGAAUGGACACAAACUGCCGAAGCGCUUGAUACGUGGCGUGAGAAGGCACAAGAGCGGAAUGAAAUGGACUUUAUGAGCGAUGUGACAAUCAAGGGCAAGGUUUUGGGACAAUGGAGGAAUCGAUCGGCACGGCAACAGGAGCUACAGCUUCAAGCUGAAGAAUAUAAAAAAGGAAAGACGGUAGCCCGAGUGCUCAAGAACUGGAAUCUUAGGACUCUUCAGAUACCAAACCGGCCUCUUAUCGUCGCAAAUGCCUUGGAAAAGAAGGACAGGAAAAUGCUGCGAACAGGGUUUGAAAAUUGGUAUAGCCGGACGGCGGAUAAGCUGGUUCCUGUUGAGCUCUCAGAUGGAAGCUACAAGAGCGUGGAACAAGUAGUAGAUGAUGCGCAGCACCAGGCAUCACUUACGCAAGCGAAGGGAUUAUUCAGCCGCUGGCAAGCCGCCACAAAGGAGAGAGAGGCUGAAACGAUACCAGAAGAGACGUACGCGGCAACUCCAGGGAGACCUCGGAUAUUUCUAGCGGCAUUAAAUCGAAUGGAGACGACGACACCGUUGGCACCAGUACCUAGCCGAUGGCGUGCUAGUGAGACGGCACUGAGGGGGUCACUCGUUGGUGCUAGAAAUAGUCGCGCUAGGCGCGCAGAGCGGAAUCUCAGGGUAUCAUGGGCUCAGUAGUUACUGAGUAGUAACCUUGAAACUUAUUGAUAGGUAUUGGGUAUCAUUGGCGUUAUGGGGUUCGUAUUGUGUAGCAUGAUGGAAUUUGGCAUGAAAUAGGCGUGGUGGAUUCUGUUAUAAGUUAGAAAGAUACCCACGGUUUAACGAUUCUCAAAAUCCUCGAAUUUCAUAUAGAAUAUCCAUCAUGAUGGAUGCAUUGUGUACCUAGGAUGCUAUGUAGGUACCUACUAUGUACCUACCUACUACUAGGUAGUAUGGAAACUACAUACAUGUAGAAACUCGAACUGCUCAAGG